AGCGUCACUUCCGGCCUCCGCCGAGGCUUCCUGCUCCCGUUCGGCCCGGGCUCCUCCGCCACCGCGGCAGGGCCGGGCCAGGAGGUCCCGGGCCGGCGCCGCCCUCCCCGGCAGAAGGAGCCCCCGCAGGAGGAGAUGGCCCCCGUGUUCCUGGCGGACGGCGCCUCCCGGGGCUCUGUGACCUUUGGGGACGUGGCCGUGGACUUCUCCCGGGAGGAAUGGGGGCACCUGGACCCCGCCCAGAAGGAGCUGUACCGGGAGGUGAUGCUGGAGAACUACCGGAACCUGGUGGGCCUGGGACUCACAGUUUCCAAACCCCGUGUGAUUGAGCAGUUGGAGCGAGGAGCACCACCAUGGACACCAUGGGGAGGGGUCCCAAGCAGCUGCGGUCCAGAUUUGAUAACUAGGCUGGAAAUCAAGGAAUCAUAUCUAAAACUGGGUUUCUCUUUGGAAAACUCAUCCCAAGAAAGAUUUAUAAGCGACAGUGCAUAUUUCUUCAAGUUGGAAGAAGUCUGUGAAUUUGAUGCCAUGUCAGAAAGACAACAAAGCAAUAAUGAAAAACUAUACCAGCAAAUAAAAAUGAUCCAAAACAAACUUCCAGAUGAAGUGAGAGGUAAUAAACAUGAAAAAAAUGGCAGACACUUCAUAUCAGGGCCAGAACUUUUCCCCCCACAGGGUGUAAACAUAGGAAAAGGCCUCUGGGAAUGUGAUAUUUAUAGGAAAAGCUUAAGCCCACAUUUAGACCUAAAAAAAUAUAAUAGAACUUCUUCCAAGAGUAAUAUUUUAAAGUAUAAUGAACUUAGUGACUUCUUAAGUUAUAAUUCAGAUCUUACUGAAAGUGAUAGACUUCAUUUUAGAGGGAAACUUCAUGAAUGUAGUGAAUGUGGCAAGGUUUUCUGUCAGAGCACAGAGCUUAUUCAACAUAAGAGAAUUCAUACUGGAGAAAAAUCCUGUAUGUGUAACGAAUGUGGGAAGUUCUUUCGAGGAAGCAGAAAUCUUAUACUCCAUCAGAGAAUUCACACUGGAGAGAAACCAUAUGAAUGUAAAGAAUGUGGGAAAUUCUUCCGCCAAAGUGCACAUCUCAGUGUGCAUCAGAGAAGUCACACUGGAGAGAAACCUUAUGAAUGUAAUGAGUGUGGGAAGGCUUUCACUCGAAGUAGAAGCCUUAUUAGCCAUAAGAAAAUUCACAGUGGAGAGGCAACAUAUGAAUGUAAUGAUUGUGGAAAGGCUUUCUGUCGAAAUACAGAACUUAUUCUCCAUCAGAGAAUUCACUUUGGAGAGAAACCAUAUAAAUGCAAUGAAUGUGGAAAGUUCUUCCACCAGAGUGCACAUCUUACAGUACAUCAAAAAAGUCAUGCUGGAGAGAAAACUUUUGAAUGUAGUGAAUGUGGGAAGGCUUUUUGUCAAAGUACAGAACUUACUCUUCAUCAGAGAAUUCACACUGGAGAAAAACCAUAUAAAUGUAAUGGAUGUGGGAAGUUCUUCCACCAGAAUUCACAUCUUAUUGUACAUCAGAGAAGUCAUACUGGAGAGAAGCCUUAUGAUUGUAAGGAAUGUGGAAAAGUCUUCAGCCAGAGUAGAAAUCUUAUUCUUCACUGGAGAAUUCACAUGGGAGAGAAACCUUCUGAAUGUAGUGAAUGUGGGAAAGCCUUUCACCAGAGUUCACACCUUACUCAACAUCAGAGAAUUCAUAGUGGGGAAAAGCCAUGUGAGUGUAAUCAGUGUGAAAAGGUCUUCCUCAAGAGAGCAAAGCUUACUGAACAUCAGUCAAUUCACACUGGAGAUAAGCCUCAUAAAUGUAGUGAAUGUGGGAAAGCUUUCCAACUGAGCUCACAACUUAGUAUACAUCAGAGAAUUCAUCUUGGAGAAAAACCUUAUAAAUGCAAUGAAUGUGGGAAAGUCUUUAGUCAGAAAACAAACCUUAAGAUACAUCAGAGAAUUCAUACUGGAGAGAAACCAUAUGAAUGUAAUAAAUGUGAAAAGGCCUUCUGCCAGAACUCAGACCUUACUCAACAUAAGAGAAUUCAUAUUGGAGAUAAACCUUAUGAAUGUAAUGAAUGUGGGAAGGCCUUUGCCCGGAGUAGAAGUCUUACUCUUCAUCAGAAGAUUCAUACUGAAGUGAUACCAUAUGAAUGUGGAAAGACUUUCUGUCAACGCACAGAACUUACUCUUCCUCAAAGAAUUCACACUGAGGAGAAACCAUACAAAUGUAAUGAAUGUGGGAAGUUCUUUUAUAAAAUUGCCCUUUUUGCUGCCCAUCAAAAAAAUCAUGCUGACAAGAAGCCUUAUGAAUGCAAGGAAUGUGGAAAGGCAUUCCGGUUGAGCUCACAACUUAAUAUACAUCAGAGAAUCCAUCUUAAGGAAAAACCUUAUAAAUGUAAUGACUGUGGGAAGGUCUUUAGGCAGAAGACAAACCUUCAGGCACAUCAGAAAAUCCAUUCUGGAGAGAAACCAUUUAAGUGUAACAAAUGUGAACGGGCCUUCCGCCAGAGCUCAGACCUUUUUCAACAUCAGAGAAUUCAUGCUAGAAGAGAGAAAUCUCAUGAAUGUAGUGAGUGUGGGAAGCGCUUUGUCCAGAGCAGAAGUCUUACUCUUCAUCAAAAGAUUCACACUGGAGAGACACCAUAUGAAUGUGGGGAAUGUGGGAAGGCUUUCUGCCGCAGCACAGAACUUAUUCUCCAUCAAAGAAUUCAUACUGGGGAGAAGCCUUACAAAUGCAAUGAAUGUGGGAAGUUCUUCCGCCAGAGUGCACAUCUUACUGCCCACCAGAGAAGUCACACUGGAGAGAAGCCUUAUGACUGUAAGGAUUGUGGAAAGGCCUUCAGAAUGAGCUCCCAACUUAUUCUCCAUCGGAGAAUUCAUCUGGGAGAAAAACCAUACAAAUGUAAUGAAUGUGGGAAGUUCUUCCGGCAAAAUGCACAUCUUAUUUCACACCAGAGAAUUCAUACUGGAGAGAAACCAUAUAAGUGUAACAAAUGUGAAAAGGCCUUCCGCCAGAGUUCAGACCUUAUUCAGCAUCAGAGAAUUCAUACUAGAGGAGAGAAAUCUUAUGAAUGCAGUGAGUGUGGAAAAGUCUUUGUCCGGAGCAGAAGUCUUACUCUACAUCAGAAGAUUCACAAUGGAGAAACACGAUAUGAAUGUCAUGAAUGUGGGAAGAUUUUUUGCCGAAAUGCAGAACUUAUUCUCCAUCGGAGAAUUCACACUGGGGAGAAGCCUUAUAAAUGUAAUGAAUGUGGGAAGUUCUUCCGCCAAACUGCCCAUCUUACUGCCCAUCAGAGAAGUCAUACUGGAGAGAAGCCUUAUGACUGUAAGGAAUGUGGAAAGGCCUUCAGAAUGAGCUCCCAACUUAUUCUCCAUCGGAGAAUUCAUCUGGGAGAAAAGCCUUAUAAAUGUAAUGAAUGUGGGAAGUUCUUCCGACAGAGGCCACAUCUCAUGGCACAUCAAACGAUUCAUACUAGAGGGAAACCUAAUGAAUGUGGAAAAGAAUUUGGCCAGAGCUUAAGUCUUAAUCAACAUCAGACAGUUCCUACUGAACAGCUGAAGGACCCUCCGUGCUCGCUGCUUGGAGCUGGGGAUACAGCCCUGUUUCCAGGGCAAGACCCAGGGAAGACCCUGAGCUGUCCCUGGAGACCCGGGGCUUGCCGGCCCCGCGACUCAGUUUCAUCUGCCUGGAAGGGGGGUGGUAGGGCUUCGACGCUGGGACUACAGUUCCCAGCAUGCCUUUCGCGACCCCGCCCCGGUUGCCACAGAGACCGGACCUGUGGGUCCCGGAAUGGGAAGUCGAAGUCGCGCCAUUUGCGUCAUUUCCGCUUCCGCUUGUUUUGCGUCCUCAGUGUUCGGCCCGCCUCGGGUCUACAGACCGCAGUUUCUGCCGGGGUCGGGGUCGGGGUCGGGGUCGGGGUCGGGGUCGGGGCCGAGGCCCGCGUCUCGAGCCGGGCGCUCCCGGCCCCGCGUUUUCCCCCGGAGGCGGCAGCCGGCGGGAUGGCCCCGGUGCCCCUGACAGCCCGGCCCCCCCAGGAGUCCGUGACCUUCGGUGAUGUGGCCGUGACCUUCUCCCCAGAGGAGUGGGGGCAGCUGGGCCCGGCCCAGAAGGAGCUGUACCGGGAGGUGAUGCUGGAGAACUACAGCAACCUGGUCUGCCUGGGACUCAGCAUUUCCAAGCCGUCUGUGAUCUCUCAGCUGGAGCAAGGGGAAGCACCGUGGAGGCCGGAGGGAGGCGGCCCCAGUGUUGGCGGCAUAGAUUGGGAGACAAGGCGUGAAAUCAAGGAGUUGGCCCCAAAGCUGGUCCUCACUAUAGAAGAGUCAUCUGGGGAAAGACUCAAAAAGAAUGGUUCCUGUGCUUCCAAAUUAGAAGCCUGGGAAUGGGAUUCCAGCUUAGAAAAGCAGCAGAACAACGAAGAAACAUGUGCUAAACCAGUUAAGAUCAAGCCUCCCAAUAAGGUGAGAGGCCAUGAGUACAAUAAAUAUAGCAAAAGCUUUAGUUUAGGACCAGUCCUUUUCUCACAGCAGCGAGUAUCCAUAGGCAAAAAUCCCGAUAAAUGUGGUACACAUAGGAAAAGCUUCAAACUAUAUUCAGACCUAAGAAAAUGUAAUAGAAUCCCCUCAAAGAAAAUACUUUCCAAAUUUAAGGAAUGUGUUAAGUCUUUUAAUUAUAAUUCAGACCUUAUUGAAAAUCAUCGAAUGCCUGCUGGAGAAAAGAAACCUUAUAUAUGUAAUGAUUGUGGAAAAGUCUUCCGACAGAGCACUCAUCUUAUUCUACAUCAGAGAAUCCAUACUGGAGAGAAACCCUAUGAAUGUAGUGAAUGUGGAAAGGCCUUCCGCCUGAGCACAAGACUUAUUGAGCAUCAAAGAAUCCAUACUGGAGAGAAACCGUAUGAAUGUAAUGAAUGUGGGAAGGCCUUUCCCCAGAGCUCAAAGCUUACUCGCCAUCAGAGAAUUCACACAGGAGAGAAACCUUAUGAAUGUCACGAAUGUGGGAAGGCCUUCUGCCAGAGAACAGGGCUUACUCAGCAUCAGAGAAUUCACACGGGAGAAAAACCUUACGAAUGUCACGAAUGUGGGAAGGCCUUUCGCCAGAGAACGGGACUCAGUCGACAUCAGACAAUUCAUACAGGAGAUAAACCUUAUGAAUGUAAUGAAUGUGGAAAGGCCUUCCGCCAAAGGAAAGGACUCACUCAACAUCAGACGAUUCAUACGGGAGAAAAGCCUUAUAAGUGUAACGAAUGUGGGAAGGCCUUCCGUGAUAGUUCGCAGCUCAUUCGACAUCAUAGAAUUCACACUGGAGAGAAACCUUAUGAGUGUAAUGAGUGCGGGAAGGCCUUUGCACGAAGCACAGAACUUACUGUACAUCAGACAAUUCAUACUGGAGAGAAACCUUACAAGUGUAACGAAUGUGGGAAGGCCUUCCGACAGAGUUCACAGCUUACUCAACAUCAGACAAUUCAUACUGGAGAAAAGCCUUAUAAAUGUAAUGAAUGUGGGAAGACCUUCCGCUUGAGCACAGGUCUUAUGGAGCAUCAGAGACUUCAUACUGGAGAUAAACCUUAUGAAUGUGGAGAAUGUGGGAAGGCCUUCCGCCAUAGCUCACAGCUUACUCGCCAUCAGAUGAUACAUACAGGAAAGAAACCUUAUGAAUGCAACGAAUGUGGAAAGUCUUUCCCCCAGAGCUCACAGCUGACUCAACAUCAGAUAAUUCACGCUGGAGGGAAACCUUACAAGUGUAAUGAAUGUGGAAAGGUCUUCUGCCAGAGCUCACAACUUGCUCAACAUCAGAUAAUUCAUACCGGGGAGAAACCUUAUGAAUGUAAUAAAUGUGGAAAGGCCUUUCCCCAGAGCUCACAGCUGACUCGACAUAAGAGAAUUCAUACUGGGGAGAAACCUUAUGAAUGUAGUGAAUGUGGAAAGGCUUUCCGCUUGGGGACACAACUUGCUGUGCAUCAAACAAUUCACACUGGAGAGAAACCUUAUAAAUGUAAUGAAUGUGGCAAGGCCUUCCGCCUGAGCAAAGGACUUAUGGAACAUCAGAGACUUCAUACUGGAGAUAAACCUUAUGAAUGUAACGAAUGUGGCAAGGCUUUCCGCCAUAGAUCACACCUUACUCGACAUCAGUUGAUUCACACUGGAAAGAAAUCUUAUGAAUGUAAUGAAUGUGGAAAGUCUUUCCCCCAGAGCUCACAGCUUACUCAACAUCAGACAAUUCAUACUGGGGAGAGACCUUAUGAAUGUGGGAAAGCCUUUAAAUGGAGCACAGGACUUAAUGAACAUCAGGGUAUUCAUAUAGGAGGGAAGCCUUUUGAACUCGAGGAACCCUUUCAUCGUAGUUCACACCUUAAUCACCAGUGGAGAAUCCAAACUGAAGAGAAACUUUUUGAAUGUAAUGACUGAGGGAAAACUUGCCUCCAGAGUAAAUACCUCACUCAGUAUUAGUUCAUAUGGGAGAAAAGAGCCUGAUAAAUAAGCAAAGACCUUCCACCAUAAUUUGUCAUUGAUCAUCAGGUUAAUUCUUACUGGAGAGAAACUUAUGUAUAGAAUGAAUGUGAAAAGGAUUUCAGCCAGAGCUACAAUCCUUUACUGAAUAUUAGAGGAUUCAAAUGAAAGGAAAACCCUGUAGAUCAAAGGUUCUUCACUUUUUUGUUUUCUGGACCACUUUGGCAGGCUACUGAAUUCUAUGGAUUCCUUAGAACUCUGCCUUUAAAAUGCAUAAAACAUGGGAUUACAAAGGAAAUGAGUUAUAUUGGAAUACAGUUAUGUUUUUUUUUUUUUUUUUUUAUAAAUUCGUGAACUUCAGGUUAAGAACCCUUGGCAUAGAUGAAGCAGAUAAAUAUUAAUUCCCUUUAGUGAUUGUUUUAAGCUGUUUUCUCUCAACACCCUAGGCAUCUCCUUCCCAUAUCCCCAUUAAAUAAAUGGGAUGACUUGAGUCUAAGAAAAUAGAAUCUAAGCAGUUCUUGUCAACCUGAGGUCUGAUGCACCCAAAUCACCCCCUCUUCCCAUUCUUUUUAUAAAUCCCUUACCUCUUGGUGUAAAUAGUGCCUGGGGCUCUGCAGAGAGUAUUCCUGUGUUCUCCUGCAGUCCCUUUUCUCCUAAACUAAUAGGAUUCCUUGCUAUCUUCACCUACAAUCACCAGACAGGUCACAGGGAUUUCCUAAUUUCAUUCCCAUCCCUGAACCUGAUCAGAACUUUCCAGAUUUAUACUCCUAGAGUAGCAACUCCAGCUCACAUCAAAUCAAGUUUUUAGGUGCUAACCUUUUCUAUCACUUUCAUUCCUUUUUGGGAAAUAUACUUCUAAGCUGUUAUCAAAAACAAAACCUUUGUUCAAAACUUUUCAUAUCAGUAUUAUUUGUAAUUAAAAAAAUUAAUGGAAGAAACUUAAGUGGCCAAGUAAGUUAUACUCAUUCUCUUAAAUUCCAUUAAUUUAAAUGGAAUAUUUGAAUAUUUGAAAAUGGUUGAGAGAAACAACUUUGAGGAAAAUGACAAAAUCAGGAAAGGUCUUUAUGGAAUAAAGGAAAAAUCAGAAGUUAGUGACCAGAAGAGCCAUUAUAAUGUGAUUACAGUAGUAUGAGGGGGAAAAAAAUGGAAAGUCUUAAUAGAUUUGCAGGAGACUAAUUAAUAGAUUGUCAUUUCAUGCUUUGAGAUUUAUUUAUUUGAGUAUUAGCAGUUGUAUAGCCAGCUUAGUUGUACUGUUGUUUGUAUUAUUAAGUUUAUAAGUCAAAGAAAAUGAUAGUAUUAUAAUCUGUUAAAUUUUUUAGCAGCAGUAUCUGUUCACCUCUUGUCUCACAGAAAAAGUUUCUUUACUUAUUUAAAGUUAAUUUUUCUUUCGGUUCUAUCUCCUAUUGUCUAUUUUAAAACAUCACUCUGGUAAUCUUAUCCUCUCCCUCAAUACUUCAUAUUCAGUUUGUCCCUUAAACCUUUUUUCUCAGCUGCCCACUCACAUGCCCUGCUCUCUCUAGUACUUAAAAAAAAUCCCAUCUAGUUAUCUCCUCUUUGUUCUGUUUUUCUCUUCACUUCCAAACUUAAUAAAGUACAAUGUUUACACCCACUUUCAGUUCUGUAGCAUACUCUGAUAGUUGUAUUCCUUCUGUUUCUAUUUCUCUUCAUCUAACCAAAAGUUCAUUCCCACCCCCACCCCUCUUCGUUUUACCUGUCCUGUACCUUGGGGAUAGGAUUUGCCUUCCAGGACCAUAUUCAUCCUUUCAGUCCUCAGGGAUGCUUCUUAAAUUAGGUUUGCCUAUUUCCUUCAGGACUUCUGUUUUACCUUGCCCAUUCUUGACUACUUUUGAAACUUUUUUUUUUUAUUAUUCCUGUCCUAGAUUUUUGUCAUAUUUGAAUUUGUGCAGUUUACCCCAUCUAUUAGCCGGCAAGCGUUUGCUAAAUGCCUAAUUCUUAGGUUGUAGCUGCUUUCUUUGGCAUCCAGAUUGUUAGGUAUACACACUUCCUGUUCAUUUAAAGCCCUUUGGAUUACAUCUGCAGGGUGCCAACAGUGUGUCUCUGCUCAAGGGCUCCUUCCUGAAUUUUAGGCCAUGGUCCAGAAACACAAAUCCUUUUCUCAGAUGCUGCAUUCUUAUUCAGCUUGUUCAUUUCCCAUAUUUGCCCUUCCCUUCAUUGUGUUUGAUGAACUACAGUUAGGAAGAUCUCACCAGUAUCCCUUCUGUCCGGCUUUCCGUUCCCUAGUGCUCCAAGGUGUCAGCAGGGUUUAGGGUUGUGAGAAGCUGAUGAGAUGCUCAGACCCUUAUGUGAGUCCUAGCUCCCUCACCUGCUCACCUGGGCUGUCUGAGAAUCUGAGAGGUGAUGUCUAGUGCUUGGAAAGACCCAGGUGCUUCAUACGUGGAAUCAUGGUCCAAGGGCCUGUUGGUCUUCAGUUGGAUAGCGAGGUGGGGAGUUGGCUCUCGUCUUGGCUACCCCGUGCGUGUUAGAGAUGGAGGCAGCUCCAGAAGUUUUCAGGCCUGCGCAGGCUGAGGCUCUUGUUGGCUGGUAGCUGCCCUUGGUUCUUGAGGAAGACCAAACGACAUCACUGUGUUAGAGCCGAUUACGGUGUGUCCUACCAGCUGACCAACAUGAGCUCAGAGCACUUGGCCACAGGCCAGACCCACGUAGUCUGUGUGAGCAUUUGGGGGGAGGGGGGGAACCCGCACUUCUGAGCUUGGUUCUGAGAGCGUGGCCCCUUCUGAGAUGACAGCCUGCCAUGCUGGUCACCUGUGUCCCACAAGUGGUUAUAAAGUUCUUCAGGAGACCUUGAGGGUGCCCUCUUUGUGCCCACAUCCCAGUGAUGUGUCAUAGCUUGCCAUUGCAGCCAAGAUUUGAACCUUAUAUCUCUGGGGCUGAAUUUAGAAUUAUUACUGCACUGUUUCUCAAGACACCUCUUCCCACCAUUACAAGUAAAAAGUACCUUUCCCUCCCUUUGUGGGUAAAUUAGUUUAUUAUUUGGAGGAAGAAUUCCACUCUGGAACUUUCAUGGACAUUCACAUGGUUACUCCUGAAUUUAUAGUGAGAAAUUUUCAGGAACAUUGGAAGUCAGGGUCAGAAAUCCCGGCUGUGCUGGCCACACAGAUUUAACUAUGUCAUUAAGUUGUUGAUGAGUUCCCAGAAGCAGGUGGGCGAUACCCUCCUCCAAAUCACCCAUCAUGAAUUUAGGAGGUUUUCAUUUGGCUGUCCUCUUGAAGGUCUCUUGCCUUGGCUCUCAGCCAAGUUUGGUCAGCAGGUGGGGUUACUGUUACCUAGAUAUAAAGGUGCCUGCUCCCCAACAGACAUGUAGAGGUCCGCAGAGGAUGCUUAGAGUUGUUUCUUCUGU